AUGCUAGUUCAUGUGCUCUGGGAUUUCUCUGCCUCAAUACGACAACGGAGUAUCCACCUGUCUUUUGCCCACCAACGGAGGCAUGUCACGCCAUUCGGUCAAAGCCCGUUGACAACGUAUGUUCCACGCCCCAAGGACGCUACGAACCUAUCGUUUGCCUCCCGGGACACUAUUGCCCACCUGGUGGACGAGAACAAAUUCGGUGUGAACAAGGCUACUAUUGUCCUCAAGGCACAUACCAACCGAUCAAAUGCAAAGCUCUAUCAAUCUGUCUAG